AUGACUCCACCGGCCAAGAAUGAGAAUUCGGUUCGGCUGUGGGGUGGCAGGUUCACGGGAGAAAUGGAUCCCCUGAUGGACCAAUACAACGAGAGCUUGUCAUUCGAUCGCGUCUUCUAUGCCCAGGACAUCAAAGGCUCAAUAGCCUACGCCAGGGCGAACCUCAAGGCCGGUAUCCUCACCCAGGAGGAGUUUGAGAUGCUUGAGGAGGGACUCAAGAAAGUUCUCAGGGAGUGGGACGAGGGUAAAUUCCAGCCAGCACCAGGAGAUGAAGGCGAAGUUAUUGGAACAAAGGUAGCGGGAAAGCUACAUACAGGCCGCAGCCGCAACGACCAAAUAGCGACUGACAUGCGCAUGUGGCUACGUGAUGAGCUGAAUCUGAUUGAGGAGCUUCUCAUCGACCUUCUCAAGGUCGUUGCCCAACGUGCCAAGCAGGAUAUCGACUACAUCAUGCCGAGCUACACGCAUCUCCAAAGGGCACAACCUAUCCGAUGGAGCCACUGGCUUCUCAGCUAUGCCACAGCAUUCCAAUCCGACCUCGAGCGCCUGCGGUUCACGAAGAGGAACAUCAACAAACUCCCUCUUGGCAGCGGUGCCGUUGCUGGCAAUGCCUUUGGCAUUGAUAGGAUGCAGAUGGCGAAAGAACUAGGCUUCGAGGGUCUCAUUAUGAAUAGCAUGUCCGCAGUCGGAGACCGAGACUUCGUCGUCGAGGUGCUACAAUGUGCCUCCACUAUCGGCAGUCACCUAUCGCGCUGGUCGGAGGACCUUAUCAUCUACAGCUCCUCGGAAUUCGGUUACAUUAAGCUAGCAGACGCAUAUACGACUGGUAGCUCCUUGAUGCCACAGAAGAAGAACAGUGACUCCCUUGAACUCCUACGUGGCAAGUCUGGGAGAAUAUUUGGGGCAAUGGCUGGCCUGAUGAUGAGCAUCAAGGGUAUUCCAUCUACGUAUAACAAGGACCUGCAGGAGAGCUUACAGCCGAUGUUGGAUACUGUCAAGACCUUGAAGGACGGUCUCCAGAUUGCGGCGAGGUCGCUGGCCACGGCGACGGUUUAUCCAGACAAGAUGCGUGCUGCACUGAGCCCAGACAUGCUGGCAACGGAUCUUGCUGAGUAUUUGGUCAGGAAAGGUGUACCAUUCCGUGAGACGCACCACUUGGCGGGCAAGAUGGUCGCACUUGCUGAAGAUGAGAAUAAAGGGAUGAAUGAACUCAGCAUCGAGCAGUUUCAAGGUAUUGACAAGAGGUUUGGCAACGACGUGCUAAGCGUAUUCGACUAUGAGCGCUCUGUGGAGCUGAAGGACGCCAUCGGCGGGACCAGUCGCCGUGCGGUCUUGGAGCAGCUGGAAGCACUAAAGAAGACACUGGGGGUUUGA